AGUGUAUCCUUGAUAAAAGAUUUUACUAUACUUCACGAUUACCAUGUUCCUCACCACUAUAUGGGCAGCAUUGCAACAGAUAUAUGGCUCUCUUGCCAUUUGGAGACUCUUCCCGCGCCAUUCCGCCCAGACCCAGAAGAUAGAAGCCAAUACAACACAAGCAAUCACAGCGCUCAGGAACGAGGACUGGACCGCCUUGCGACCACUCUUUCUUCUACCCCUCCGACUCCUCUUAACAGAAAUACUCCUCCGAAAAGCAUGGGAGUCAGUCCUCACAAUCUACGGACCCCUGGAAGACAUCGGGCCUGCGACUUUCUCGAAUUACUGGCUCCUACACACCGCAACUGCACCGCUGCGCUUCAAACAGGGUAGUGUCUCCUUGUCCUUGCAAUGGGCGGUGACAGGCCAUCUCAUUGGUCUUCGCGUUAUCCCACUUGCCUCAAAUCGCUGGAAACCACCGUCUUACGCCACCAGUGAAGACAUUACCGAAACAAAACUGUCACUAGGACGAGGUAUCUACAAAGUUGGCGCCACGCUGACCCUCCCCACUAACCCACAACCCAAAACCCCCUGUGUAAUCCUCAUCGCCGGCUCCGGUCCCACAGACAGAGACUCCACGAUCAGGUCUCUCAAGCCUUUCAAAGACCUAGCCUAUGGACUUAGCAGUUCGGGAAUCGCCGUCUGCCGCUUCGACAAGGUGACAUAUACCCACGGCCUAUGGCUGAAACUGCUCCGCCGGAACCGCAGUAUGACUCUGACAGACGAAUACGUUUAUCAUGUAUUGGACGCGGUGAGGCAGGUUCGCAAACACCCGGGGAUCUCUGAGGUGUUUCUGCUCGGACAUAGUCUGGGGGCGUGGCCGGCUGCGAAGAUCACGGCCUUGGAUUCGGCGGUUGCGGGUUGUGUUUUGAUGGCGUGUCCGGCGGAGCAAAUUUAUAGGUGUGCGGUGAGGCAGAUGAGGUAUUUGAUGGCUGUCAAUGGGGGUUUGGCGCGAGCGUCGAACACGAUGGGGGAGGAGUUGGUGAAGUUAGAGAGGCAGGCGGAGGUGGCUGAUGGGCUCUCGCCAGGUUCGUCUGUGGCGGCGGGUGAGCUUCCUUUUGGGAUUGGGCCUGCGUAUUGGUUGGAAGGGCGGGAGUUCAAUCCGUUGGGUUAUAGUGAGCAUCUUUCUCGGAAGCCGUUGUUGGUUCUGCAGGGCGGGAGGGAUUAUCAGGCCACGAUGAAAGAUGACUAUGCGCGGUAUUAUGAGACGUUCAGGGGGUGUGUUUCUGUCGAGUUUCGUGUCUAUGAGUCCCUUAAUCACCUAUUUGUGGCUGGCGAAGGGUUGUCGGUGCCAGCUGAGUAUGAUAAGUCGGGAAAUGUGGACGCGAAGGUCGUAGAUGACAUUGUGUUAUGGGUGCGGAGGCAGGUUGCGGGUUGA